CUCCAGUUGCCAUAGACACUCCCACAAGAAACCCAAAAAUGGGGUCUUCAUUCGGAGAUUUAUUGAAAUCUCUGGCCAUAUCAGGUCUAGUCCUCUUCCUCUUCUACAUAGUUUUAUUCGACAGUACUCACAACACCAAACGUUUCGAUCUUCUGGAAACCUUCAUACAAAAAUGGCCAAUAUCUUCUUCACCAAACCAUACUCUCCCAACUCCUCCUUCUCCUCCUCCGAUCAAAACCAAUCUCAGCCACCUCGUUUUCAGUAUAGUCGGCUCCAUGAACACAUGGAAGCACAAAAAGCUCUACUCCGAAUCCUGGUGGCGACCCAACGUGACUCGAGGAUAUCUCUUUCUCGACAAACCACCCAAAAACGAGUUCCUCCCUUGGCCCUCUUCGGCUCCUCCGUUUCGGGUCAACGAAAACGUCAAGAGAAUCUACGAACGAGCCUCGAGCCCAUCUCAGGUUAGGAUUGUACGGACGAUUCUGGAGAUGUUUAGGGAAGGUGACGAGGGUGUUAGAUGGUAUGUGAUGACGGACGACGACACCGUUUUGGCGGUCGAUAACUUGGUCGAAGUUCUGAGCAAGUAUGAUCAUACUAACUACUUUUAUAUUGGAACGAACUCUGAGUGUAUCAAGUCCAACUCCGACUUCUCGUUCGAGAUGGCCUUCGGCGGAGCUGGUUAUGCCUUGAGUUACCCUUUGGCUUCGUUGGUGGCGACUCAGUUGGAUGGUUGUCUCGAGAGAUAUCCCACUUUGAAAGUCAGUGAUUUUAUGUUGUAUACUUGUUUGGCUGAUCUUGGUGUUUUUCUCACUCAUAACAAUGGCUUCCAUCAGAUUGAUCUACACGGUGACAUAUCAGGACUACUAUCAGCUCAUCCACAGACACCAUUCCUCUCCCUCCACCACAUCGACACCGUAGACCCGAUCUUCCCCAACAAGACCCGACCCGAAUCCAUCCACCACCUCAUGAAGGCAGUGAAAGUUGACCCCUCUCGUGUUCUCCAACAAACCAUAUGCCACCACAGGCCGACCAACUGGUCAUUCUCAGUCUCAUGGGGCUACUCCACACACAUCUACGAAGCCACACUCCCUCGCAGCUUUCUGCGCAGACCACUCGAGACUUUCCGCCCAUGGAAGCGGCACAGGCCACCGUUCUACAUGUUCAACACGCGGUGGCUCACCAACAAUCCCUGCGAAGCCCCUCACGUCUUCUUCUUCGACUCCAUUCAGGAGGCUGCCGACGAUGGGAUUGUAACCACUUAUGUAAGAGCAUCUUCUCGUGGCUUACCAGCUUGUUCUUCCAGUGGUAACCAUUCUGCCGAUCACAUCCAAAGAAUUCGAGUCUUUUCCCCUGCCAAACUGCCUUUGGAGAGUAAAGGAAGAGAGUGUUGCGACGUCGUUUAUGGGGACGGAGAGAACACUACAGAGGUCAGAUACAGGGCAUGUCCGAAGGAAGAAGUCACAGCUUAAUUUAACAAGAACACAAAGACUACUAGGCUUAAAAUUUAACUUUCGGCGCAGUAACAGUAAGUUAUUGAAUGCAUGGAAAUGAAUGCUGGAUAUGUUUCACAAUAUUUGCUUGAUUAUUAUACAAAAGUGGGAUAAAGAAGAUCAUGUAUAAGAGUUUUUGAGUGGUUGGUGAUUUCACAGGAACCACUAAUGACAAGAGACAAAACUCAUGGCCAUGGUUCGCUUGGCUUGUUGUGCA